AUGUUGUUGUCGCCGGAGGAUCAACCAGAGAAGAGAACCCGAGAUGGUGCUACUCCUUGUUCCACUUUGUUCAUAGCAAAUCUAGGUCCCAACUGCACCAAAGAAGAACUGGAUCAGGCUCUCGUGCAAUAUCCAGGCUUCAAUGUACUGAAGAUGCGAGAUCAAGGUGGGAUGCCAGUUGCUUUUGCUGAUUUUGAGAUAACUAUGCGAAGAGCAUCACUGAUACGAAAGUAUGCCCGAUCGAAAAUGAGGAGUCAUUAGCAGAGGAACUAAAGAAAGGAUCGAGGACAACAUCUCAAUGGUCGUCAUGUUUUGAUUGUAUGUAUACCUUUGAGUGCUCAAGGUUUCCUCUGUAGCAGCAAGCAAGUGCUGAAUGUUAAUGCGAAGACACAUGAGUAACGAGUUAGAUGCAUUUUCUUUGGCUAUUUAGCUGGGAGCGCAUCUAUGAGAUGAAGGUUUUGCCUUUCAAAGCUUACAUAGUUACUUCUCUGGGGUGUUAGUGAUGAACAAAACAAACAAUGCAACCCCGUUUUAGUAAAAAUCAGUUGACUCUGGGUUCCCU